AUGGAGCAAACCACGUUUGAAUCCAUUCAAUUCAACGAAGAAAUUCAGGGGAUCAUGGCGCCGGCGUCGGAAACCGCAAGCUCCUUCACCGCACUUCUCGAGCUACCACCGACGCAGGCUGUCGAGCUUCUCCACUCACCGGAAAUCACCGGAGACCCACCUCGCCAUGUCAUUAACCCGAAACCCUAUCCCCUAACCUGUAACACAGACGAUUUAAUCUUCCCUUCCAACACCGCGUUGAUCGAACGCGCCGCGAGAUUCUCCGUUUUCGCCGGUGAGAACUUAGCAAACUCUCUGCCGGAGGUGAAAGAUGAACUACCGGAAAUUGAAGAAAAUGGCUGUGUCUCUGAUCGCACAGUCGAGAACAUGAAUUCCAAACACACGAAGAGGAAGGAGAGAGAGAAGAAGGUUAAAGUAUCUUCCAAGAAAAACAAAACCGUCGCCGCCGACGAGAAUUCCGGCAACGGCGAGGAACUCCCGUAUGUUCAUGUACGAGUUCGUCGUGGUCAAGCCACUGAUAGCCAUAGUUUAGCAGAAAGGGCUAGGAGAGAGAAGAUAAAUGCUCGAAUGAAACUAUUGCAAGAGCUGGUCCCUGGUUGCAACAAGAUUUCAGGAACGGCAUUGGUUUUGGAUAAAAUCAUCAACCAUGUGCAAUCUCUUCAGCAUGAAGUAGAGACUGCAUACUUUUCUUCACCAAUUUUAUCAAUGAAACUGGCAGCAGUUAAUCCAAUAAUUGAUUUCAACCUUGACAGCAUAUUGGCUACAGAAGGAGUAUCUCUCAUGGACAGUAACUUCCCUACCACAGUUGCACCCGUCGUGUGGCCAGAAAUCCCACACAAUGGAAACAGACAGCAAUUUCAACAACCAUGGCAGUCUGAAGCAUUCCACCAACCACUUUGGGUGAGAGAAGAAAACACCCCUAAUUUCAUGACCCCAGAAAACUCACCACUAUUGAGUUAUGACUCAUCGGCAAAUUCAGUAUCUCUGCACUCAAAUCAGAUGAAGAUGGAGCUAUGA